UCGGAAUCGUGUUGUUUGUAAGUCGCCGCUGAAGUUUUUUUUCCCUCGUAAAGUGAUAGUCCAUAUAAAUUCAAUAUAAUUAAGUGUAUAUCCAUCAAAUUGAGUGUAAUGUGCUGUUGAUGGUGAAUAACUCAGAGACGCAGGAUUCAGCAACGAAAUAGUGAGCCUUACCAGUUAUUGUUUCAAAUUGAAUAUUAAAUAUGGACCAAGAGUCUGUCGAAACCACAGACAAAGAUCCUUCUCAGGAUGAAAGUGAGCUGGAGAAUUCAACUGUUGUACCUGACAAAGUUUCAUCUAAAUCUUUGGAGGAGAAAGAUAACAAAGAACCAGCACCAUUAACAGCAGAGCACAAACUUGACAAAGACAGUGUUUCUAAUCUGAAAAUCUCUGAGACUUUAGAAGCAACUAGCAGUCAUGAAAAUGAGAAAAAAGAUGAACCAUCGGUGACUUGCAUAGAUGAAAAGAAUCCAGAGAAAGAUAACUUGACAGGAGACAAAGACAAAACUCUGCCCUCAGUUGCAGAAACAAAACUAGAUAGUUUGAGCUCUGACAAAAAUACAUUGCAAUCUUGCAGUAGUGAAAUAUCAAAAAAAGAAAGUAUAAGUAACAGACAAGAUAGCACGGAGCUUGAAAAACAAACAGAAGCUGAAAAGUUGGUAGAAGAGCCAAAAAAAAAUGAGCCACGCAAGGAAAUAUCUUUAGAAGAAUCCUCUGAAAUAGUGAAAAAGAAAAUAGCCCUAGACGAGCCAUCUGUCGAAUCAACAAGUAAGGAAAUAUUCUCAGACGACCCAUUAGUGGAUCAAACUAGUAAAGAAUCAACAAUUCCAAGGAAAGAUGAAACAGUCGAAUCGUUGUGCGAGGAAACUUCCGUAGAAAAUCCAAUUUCAGAAGGAUCGAGUAAUCGCGAGAUUGAAAAACUUGCAGAAGAAGAAAAAGGAGCAAAAAAAGACGAAACUGAAUUAACAUUAAAUGAGGAAAGAACGCAAUCGCAGCUCAAGGAUUCGGAGAAUCUUAUCGAGAGUAUAGAUACUUCUGAAACCGAUCCAAAAAAAUGCGUCGAGGAUUCGAAAUCGGAUUCGGAAUCAGUGAGCAAUGAAGCUGAUUUAUCGAGCAAAGAAGUAGCCACAGAGAAGCAAAUGGGUGAGCCGGAAAACACAGAAUUCGUACAAAUCUCGCAAGAUAAACAAGACGAUGGAGGAAAUGAGGGUCAAGGUAUAGAAGCAGAAGAUCCAUUCGGAGGAGAUAAUCUCACUGCGGAUAACGUGGAGCAAGGAGACAUUGAUUCUCCCGCAAUGUCGAACAUGGAUUUUCACAAACUGGGUGAUCAGGCAGACAAUUUGCAGGAUGUUGUUAAUGCGAAGGAUCAGAGAUCCGUUGACUUUGUAGCUGAAGAUAGUAACCUCGAAGAUACUCUAGAAACCACGAAUCCAGAAGCCGAUUGCAGUGAAAAUAAUCCAGAAAUGGUUACUUUGGAAUCAUCGGAAAGUAACACCGAAAUCGAGGCUUCUAAAUUGGAUUCCGAAGAUGCAGAAAAACGUCCAACUGAAGCGGAGUCCACGAACAAAAGUGAUGAAGAUAAAAUCAGCGGAGAGGCCAUGUUAGUUGACAGUUCGAACGAAGCUCCGGAUGAGGAUGAGCUGAAAAAGAAGGACCAGAGUGGAGCUAUGGAAACCGAAGACUCCCAAUCAAACGUUUUGCCAGGACAAGAUGAUGAGCUUUGUAUAAUACCCGAUAGUAUGAAAGAAACAAGUUCCAGGAGUGAUCCUGCUAAAGAUGGGGAAAAAGAGAGCACAGAUGUGACAACGGAAAAUGAGAAUUCUGAGAAUAAGGAUAAUGAAGUUCUGGUAGAGAAAGAAGUAGCACAGUCAGAAGAUUUGGAGAUUGACCCUGACAGCGAUGAACCAAUGGCACUGGACGGCGAUCAGCCUGUAAGCAGUCAAAGUAAGGAGCGCAAGAAAGAUGACAAAGCAACUGGAGAGAAGAAAACUUCGAGUUCUGCUACAACAGCUGAUAUUAUAGACGUCGAUGACGAAAUAAAAAAUUCGGAAAUUGACGAGAUGACCAUCGGUGACGACGUGUGCAAACAAUGCAGCGAGAAAAAGCCUUGCAACAUAAAUGUUAAGAUUGGCAGUGAGACGUUCUCCGUAUGCUCACAAGCUUGCAAAGAGGCUUUCACCGGUGAGAACAACAAAUCAAUGGAUAUUCCCAGCGAUGCAGUCAACUCGAAGCGUGAAAAACGGUGCGCCAGCUGUCUUCUCAUUGUUGAAACCGGUGAUGAUCGUAAUUUAUCCUGGGAAACAAUGGAAUUUUGUAACGAGGAAUGUUUAGGCAAAUUCCAAACUAAAUACGGAAGCUAUUGCAGAAAUUGCAAUGGUUCCGUACAACCCAUAAGUUUGGGCAAAUAUUGCGUUAGAUUCGGAUACGAUGUACGACAAUUUUGCUGCUCCUCCUGUCUCGAAGAAUUCAAAAAAGGUCUCAAGGUGUGCAGCUACUGUCAAAAGGACAUCAGCUCUGGUAUUGAAGGAUUCUUAGCACCCGUUGGUGAUAAAGGCCAGUUCAAGGAUUUCUGUUCUCAAUAUUGCAUGGAAAAAUAUUCACGUAUGAACUCGAACGAUCAACCGCCCAUCGAAAAAAAAGCCUGCAGCGUUUGUCAGGAGAUGAAAGUCGUACAUUGCGAGGUUCAAAUAGAUCGAGCGAGCCUGGUAGCUAUUUGCGGUGAUCCUUGCUUCGCCGCAUUUAAAUUCGUCAACAAAGUUGAUCCCGAGCAAUGCUCAACCUGCAAGAAAUUUUUCGAAUUAGUCAACAAAAAGAGCUUCGUUGUUUUUUACGAAGCUGAGGCACACACUUUUUGCAGUAAAACCUGUCUCAAUAUAUUCAUCAUAACUAAUCGUAAAAUUGUACCGUGCAAUUGGUGCAAAGUUAAGAAAUACAAUUUCGACAUGAUCAAGAAAGAUCUCAAAACAGGACAGGCUUUAAUGAUGUGCAGUUUGAAUUGUUUAACGCUGUAUCAAGUUUCCGUGAACGCUGUUUCGGCGAAACGGAUAAGUUGUGAUUUCUGCAAAGAAUUUUCUCAAGCCCAGUAUCACCUGACGAUGUCAGAUGCGACGAUACGUAAUUUUUGUUCAUACAAUUGUGUGAUGAAGUUCCAAAAACAGUAUACAAAAUCCCCGAUAACAAUACCCUCGGGCGAUGAUCCCGUGCCGACGGGAAUGCCGAAAAGAACGUAUCCACCGGCCAAAGGUUCCAUACAAACGGUUCAAAAACCCAACGAUAUUGCGAGCAAAAAGGCAAUGCCGGUUAUAUCGUCGGUAACGAGUUUAGCCUCGUUGACAUCUAAUGGUCAAGUAACUCAAGCCCCUUUGCAACAAACGACGUUGAACAACGUCAAUGUGGCUGCUUCUGCUAAUGUUGUCACAACUCAGACACAAUCUCCUCAAGUAAUCGUCAAUCAACAAGUCAUUACAAGGCCUCCGAGUCCAGUGAAAAUUCACAACAAAGUCACCCAGUGCAAACCUCUCACGCACACCAAAGGCGUCUCGGUGCGUCCUCAUCCUUGUCCCAAAUCUACUCAAACGGAAGGCGAUGCGCGCAUUCUCAUUCCCAUUCCUGUCCCCAUUUAUGUUCCUUUUCCCGUACACAUGUGGAGCAUGCCCUUUCCCGUGCCCGUUCCCUUUCCUCUGCCUAUUCCUGUACCAAUAUUCAUUCCCACCACGAGAAACAGCACGAAAGGAAUUUUCAAAGACAUCAAGAGGAUACAAGAAAAGAUCCCCGCCGAUCCAUUUGAGGCUGAAUUACUGAUGAUGGCCGAAAUGGUCGCUACUGAGAAAAAAGCCAACGAAACUGAUUCCGACUCCAGCGACGAUAACGGUCGAGAUGCGGCGACCGAAGCCGUCGAUUCGAGCAAUACCUUUGGCGAGGAUAUGUUGCAAAUGGCUUUAAAAAUGGCAACUGGUGAACUCGACGAACCAGCGGUCGAUCUUGAAACCGCUCUGACUCCUAAUACGAUUACAGCUACACAAGCAAGUUCCCAGAGCGAUUCUACUAUGAGUACUGAUGUACAACCCGAACGAAAUGUGACGGCUUCCAACCGGGGCAAAAAACGAAUGGUUCCGUACAAACCACGAGGCGCACCUAGUAAAAGAGGCCGGAGAAUAUCAGGGGUUCACGAUGUGCCAAUGAUGCCUCCACCGGAAUCACAACCUCCAGCACAACCGAGAAUGAUGGAACCCAUCGAAAAACCAGAUGCUAAUAUGGCACUGAAAUAUACAUUCGGUGUGAACGCUUGGAGGCAAUGGGUGGUUGCUAAAAACGCCGAGUUGGAAAAGCAAGUAACACCGACGAGGAAAGUGAAAUUAUUCAAAACGGAUCUUCUUCAACUCACAGCAGACGAGUUAAACUAUACGCUGUGUUUAUUCGUAAAGGAAGUACGAAAACCCAAUGGUGCCGAAUACGCUCCGGAUACCAUUUAUUAUUUAUGUUUAGGAAUUCAACAAUAUCUAUUUGAGAACAAUAGAAUAGACAACAUAUUCACAGAUUCGUAUUACGAAAAAUUUACCGACUGCUUGAAUGACGUGGCGAAGAAGUUUUCGGUCCUCUACAAUGAUGCUCAGUAUAUCGUGACGAGAGUCGAAGAAGAGCAUCUUUGGGAAUGCAAGCAAUUAGGUGCUCAUUCCCCUCACGUACUUUUGAGCACUUUAAUGUUCUUUAACACAAAGCAUUUCAACCUCGUGACUGUCGAGGAACAUAUGCAGCUAUCAUUUUCACAUAUUAUGAAACAUUGGAAGAGAAAUCCAGCAGCUCAAGCGGCGACUGCUGUGGCAGGAAAAGGGCCAGGCACGAGGAACGUUCUUUUACGUUUCUAUCCUCCUCAAUCUGCUCUUGAAGCUAAUUCGCGGAAGAAAAAGGUUUACGAACAACAGGAAAACGAAGAAAAUCCAUUGCGGUGUCCAGUCAAGCUGUACGAGUUUUACUUGUCGAAGUGUCCGGAAAGUGUGAAAACGCGCAACGACGUGUUUUACUUACUACCCGAAAGGAGUUGUGUACCGGACAGUCCAGUUUGGUACUCGACAUCGGCACUCGCAAAAGAACAUCUCGUGAAAAUGCUUUAUCGUGUUAAAAUGGUAAAAGAGAUUAACGUCGCGCUGCUGACCAGUUAAUUCGACUCGGGCAAUCACGUCCGUAAUUAUUCCUCAUGAUUAUUUCUCUUCCAUACAAUUUUUUAAUUUUGACAUGCACCGGCAUCAGUGAAAAGCCGUCGUAAUGAGUUUCGAAUGUUCUACGCAAAGGAUAAUAUCCCGUGGGACCAUAAGUAUGAAACAAGGCUGAACAAUAAUCCGUGCAAAAACAAAAAUGAGUGAGAACGAGCGAAAAAUUCGGUUUCGAUAAUACAAACAAAACUAUACUUUACUGUAGGAUUUUUACCUUAUAAUAAAAAAAAUCAAACAUCUUGUGUUCA